GAGGAAAGCCAUUCAAGCACAUGGACACCCAGUCGACAAUGCCCUGGGCAGCAGCAGAGUCCCAGGACUCACCUUGUGUUCCCAGCCUUGUGCUUGCUGACUUCCUCGAACUUGGGAAGGAUGAGUUGGGUCGUGCUCUGUUUUUCGACAGUCUCAAGCUAGGCCCAGGUGCAUCCUCUUUCCGGGAGUUUGUCUUGAAUGGUUUAUGCUUUCUGGAUGGCGAAACAAUGAUGAAGGGAGAUGCUGCAAGUGAGGAGAAACUGCAGCAUGUGUACCAGGUGACUACACGGUUGAUCCAUGAAGCAAAAGAAAAAGCUCGGGCUUGGAACCAUUUCGCUGCCGAAGGCUAUGCGAAGGUUCUGACAUCUGCACAGAUGUCAGUGGCAAAGGUGAAAGCCAAGGCGGAGAAGGAUCCGGAUCCAACCAAAGCCGAAGCGCAAAUGAACAUGGCUGAUAUGUGGUUGAACAAGGAAGUUGCUGCACUUGACAAACGAAAGAAAGAUCUGAACCUUGCUGCGACGAAGGCUGCAUCGUUUGCUGCAGGGAAAGUGCAUGCUUUGAUCAGCCACCUGAGGUUGACGGGGCUGUUGAGUGAACAGUUCACUGAGCAGAUGGAGCUCUGGUCGCAGCUAGACAGCACGGCUGCAGCAGCAUGGUCAGUACAGACAGCACUGCACGAGAAGGAGAAGGAGGUGGCACUUAGCCCUGUGAUGCUGUUUGAUCUGGUCCCCCAGAGUCGCUUCAGGAUUCAGCCCCAGAUCACGUGCUUCAUCCCCAAGAGUCGCUUCGAGAUUCAGCCCCAGAUCACCGAGGUUCUGGCCCCCAAGAGUCGCUUCAAGAUUCAGCCCCAGAUGACGUGCUUCAAGGUUCUGGUUCCCAAGAGUCGCUUCAGGAUUCAGCCCCAGAUCACCGAGGUUCUGGCCCCCAAGAGUCGCUUCAUGAUUCAGCCCCAGAUGAAGUGCUUCAAGGUUCUGAGUCGCUUCAAGAUUCAGCCCCAGAUCACGUGCUUCAAGGUUCUGGUCCCCGAGAGUCGCUUCAAGAUUCAGCCCCAGAUCACGUGCUUCAAGGUUCUGGUCGCAGAGGUUUGCUUCAAGAUUCAGCCCCAGAUCACCAAGGUUCUGGUCCCCGAGAGUCGCUUCAAGAUUCAGCCCCAGAUCACCGAGGUUCUGGUCCCCGAGAGUCGCUUCAAGAUUCAGCCCCAGAUCACAAUGCCCGAGAGUUGCUUCAAGAUUCAGUCCCAGAACACAAGCUUCCAGAUUCAGGUCUUGCAGUCGGUCUGGAUUCGCUACAGCUUUUACGUGCUGAUACUCAGGGGUCAGUUACAAAUUCCGAACAACAGCUUCGGUAUGAACUUCUUGGACGUAGUGCCCCGCGAGUGCCACAUCCAGCUUUUUUUCAUCCAGAGAGCCAAGAGUCACUUACAGUUUCCAGCCAAGUCCUGCUUCGAGGUUCUGGUACCCAAGAGUUCUGGUACCCAAGAGUCACUCACUUCGCUAGAAGAUCCAGGGCAUCAGUCAAGUGGGCCAUCCCCGGAUGUGGCAGCAGUGGCCACGCAGGUGCCUGGUGGGCACAAGGAUGUGAUCGACUGCGACGACGACCUCGAUGAUAGAGAGCUUGUUGCGAAGCUCGAGGCUAUCAUCAGUGUUCGACUAGCCAUGUUGCUCCAGACCAAGCAAGAGCAAGGGCUCGAUGAUGCAGCAGCUCCAAAAGUCGAGACGGCAAGCCCCGCCCGCUGCCUUGGUGCAGGAAGUGACCCCUACAUGGAAGGUGUGGUGACAGUUUCUCCUGUGAAACCUUCAGACACCACAGCGAGAACUGGUGACGACAAGGAUCAACCAGGCAUGCCAAAUGCGGUUCAGAAUCCGCCGCUCCAGAUCACCCGAGCUGAGGAUGAUGAAGGCUCCGAUGUUCCCAAACCGAUCUUGGAGAAGGCAAAGAUUGCCCAGAAGAAUCGGAAAUAUGGGGAACUUCUGGCCCUCUUUGCUGAAUGUGGAGAGAACUGGGCCGAGUGCAAGAUCAGUUCAACAACCUCUACCGAUGAUACGAGGGCUGUGGAGGGCGGGCAGGUGUACAAGCGAUACAAAGACUUGGUUGCCGAACACGGCAAAGACAAUGCCGACCGCCUACGAGCGGAGAAAAAGGCCAAGCAAAGUGCCCUGGGCGACGCCUACGAGAACGUGCCGUGGUGGUACGCCCACCCCGACUUUCUAGAGUUGGAGGACUACGAAUUGUUUCUGGUGUGGGGCGAAGCCAAAGUGUCAACGACUGCUAUGCACCGGAUCCACAAUGAAGUCAACCAUGCCAUCCAUGGUGAUGGAACACUUGCUAAGGAACUCCUGCAGUCCGCAAAGCCGGCACACGGUGUGGAUCCCACCGGCAGAUGUCUCAAGCCCGCUGCAUCGCGAGAGAGCCUUGCUGUCGAGGACAAAACGAAGAAGAACACUAAGGAUGGGGAGAAACUGAAGAAACCACCCACCUACACGGGGAAGGCGAACUCGAAGCUAAGUGCUGGAAGAUCGGCUUUGACGGAUGCGAAGUUUUGGCUGAAGACGAUUAAAGAAGACCAAGCAUUGCCCGACCCUGCAGCACGCAAAAUGUCAGCCCAGCUGGCCGACGGCUACACUUCACAGAUCGAGCACUACCGGAAGCCUAUGGAAGCUGCAUCAGAAGCUCUCGACUGGAAGAUGAUCUCGGGUGCUAAGGACGAGAAAUCUUUGGAACCGCUGGUCACGAAGCUCGGUAAGGCUAUCGACGACUACAACACAGCCCUGAAACCGAUCAAAUCCUUGUUCGCAGAGCCUGUCGCCAAGAAAAGUGCUGCCAAGAAGCCGAAGAGCAAGAAGUGA